AUGAUUCUCCCGUACCACCUUGUCAAGGUGUGCGGCGAUGCAGUAUUCAUUGCAAAAGGAAGCGAUAUUCAUGCCUUCACUUCAAAUUUUGAACACGUCUCAACAUGGAAGUACCCCGUGCAACAACCAAUUGUUGAGUCGAAAGCUCCCUCAACGGAGACACCAGAGUCGCCAGCGCAGGACGGCCCGCCGACAAAACGUAGAAGGGUUGAGCCAAAGAAAGAUAAAGCUUCCAAUGGCCACCAGACGGAAUCUAAGAACGGCCAGCAUAAAAGCAAGAAGGCCGCCCAGUACGACGUGCCUGCCAACGAGAGGCCUUUCGUUCAGGGGCUGUAUGCCACAGGAGAUGGUCGCCAUUUGGUAGCCAUCACGGGCUCUGACAAAACCGUCUGGGUAUUUGAGCAUAGCGGCGGUGGAAACAUCAAGUUGCUUAGCCAGAGGUGGGCCCAUACGUACACUAACCCCCAUUUACUUGGAUUUGUGUCACUAAAUAUGGUUCCCAGAGCCAUGCCCAAACGUCCCUGUUCUCUCACUUUCACCCGCGACAACCUCACUAUCCUAGCGGCCGACAAAUUCGGAGACGUCUACGCCCUUCCCCUGGUCCCAUCCUCGACACCCACAGCCGAGACCACCCCAGAUCCCAUCGCCACCGGCACGCCCACUACCACCCAGCCUCCCUCCCGUAGCGAAACCCCCUCAACGCCAAAUCCCAGCGCCUUCCGCCCACAGGCAGAUGCAUUCACAGUGCACACCAAGCGCAAUCUCAAAGCGCUCGAGAACCAAAAGAUCUCCCUCGGCCGCCGGGCCCUCCAAGAACAGCUCAACCGUCCGCAGUUCGAGCUCACUUUACUCCUCGGUCACGUCUCCAUGCUGACUUACAUCGCUGUGGGCACUGCUCCUUCGACGACUGCGGAAUGUAAGACGCGAGAGUACAUCAUCACGGCCGAUCGUGACGAGCAUAUUCGUGUGUCGCGGGGCAUGCCACAGGCGCACAUCAUCGAAGGGUUCUGUCUCGGGCACGAGGAUUUUGUGAGUCGACUGUGUGUGGCUCCGGGAGGAAGGGAAGAGGUGUUGAUCUCUGGUGGCGGUGACGAUGAUUUGUUUGUUUGGGAUUGGGUUGGUAGCCGCUUGCUCAGCAAGGCUGCGGUGUUCGAGCAUGUCAAGAAGUUUCCGGGAAGUGAAAAGCUUACCAAGAUUGCCGUGACGCGGAUUCUCGCGUGUGAAUGGGAUGAUGGUAUUGGGGUAUUCGUUACGGUUGAAAACAUCACCGCUAUCUUCUUCUACGAACUUCUCCCGGACAACACCCUCGCCUAUCGCGAGGCCAUUCCCGUCCCAGGCUACCCCCUCGACAUUGACGUUCUCAACGCCUCGGGGACCACCACGAAAGAGCCCCGCCUCAUCGUCCCACUCUGCAUGAAAUCGGACAUGGCCAACUCCUCUGUGAUCACAAUGAGCAGGUGCGGUGAGGAGCGCUGGAAAUGGGAGCCAAUCGAGGAUAUGCCUGUCGGAGAUGAUGUGAACAUCAGCGAGACAGAGCUGGGGAAGAUCUUUUUCUCGACUGAGACCCUGCGUAAACUGUCGGAUUUCGAUUGA